AAACUCUUGCAGCCUUUCACAUAUAUUAUGCAAGUGCCUGGCAAACAAAUCAGAGCUAAACUUGCUCAUGCAUUUAAUUAUUGGUUGAAAAUACCAUCCGACAAAUUGGCAGUUAUUGGAGAUAUAGUACAGAUGUUGCAUAAUUCUAGUCUUUUAACUGAUGAUAUUCAAGAUAAUUCAGUCUUGAGACGUGGGAUACCUGUGGCACAUUCAAUCUAUGGUGUUGCUAGUACAAUCAAUGCUGCAAACUAUAUGUCAUUUGUUGCAUUAGAACGAACUCUGAGCCUAGGACAUCCAAUGGCUACCACUGUAUACACUGAACAGGUGUUAGAACUUCAUCGAGGUCAAGGAAUGGAAAUUUAUUGGCGAGAUAAUUAUACAUGUCCAACUGAAGAAGAAUAUAAAAAAAUGACAAUCAGAAAAACUGGUGGUUUAUUCAUGCUUGCUAUCAGACUCAUGCAGUUAUUCAGUGACAGUACUAAUGACUUCACAAAACUUACUGGAAUAUUAGGAUUAUAUUUCCAGAUUCGAGAUGAUUAUUGUAACUUGUGUUUGCAAGAAGUAAGAAGUAUUGCAUGUUUAUUGUAAUGAAUUAAUUAUUAAUUAUCAUGUUUAAAUUCUUUUCAUGAAGAUGCUGUAUUUUGGUUUAUACUGUUAUAUACAUCUGAUGAAUACAAAAUAUAGUUUGUAUAUACCGUGUGUUCAAUUUUAAA